AUGGAGGACCCCCAGGCUCUGAUCCAGCAGGCCGAGAAGCUCAUCUCCAAGGGCAGCAGCGGCUGGAGCCUCUUUGGCGGCUCGGACGAGAAGUUCUGGGAUGCCGCCCGAUUAUUCAAGGAGGCCGCUCAGGCGUACGAGCGACAGGGACAAAACAUCCAGGCCGGAAAGACACACGAGCGAGCCGCGGAAGUACGAGAGAAGAACCUCAAGGAAUUAACCGAUGCUGCCGACAGCUACGUCGAGGCCUCCGACGCCUACCGAAGAGACGACCCCGAAGCGGCGAUCCGGUGCCGGGAGAGGGCCUUUGCCCUGAUCCAGCAGUCGACCAGCGAGAGCAAGCAGACGAGGAUGUCGCGCGUCAAGGAGAUCCUGGGUCAGAUCUAUGAGCAUGACCUCAAGGACCUGAAGCGGGCGCGCGAGGCCUACAAGGAAGCUGCCGAGCGGCUACCAAAGGCGAGAGAGCUGAACGCCAACAAGCUGUGGACGCAAUACGCCGACCUCGCCGCCCUCGACGGCGACUACUACGGCGCCAUCGAGACCUACGACCGCAUCAUCAACUCCAUGAUCGGCAACGGCACCAUGAAGUGGAGCCUCUCGACGUACUGCUUCAAGGCCGGCAUCUGCCACCUCGCCACCGGCGACAUGGUCGGCACCCGCCGCGCCGUCGAGUCCUACCGCCAAAAGGACCCCGAGUUCUCCUCCCAGUACAAGUACAAGCUGCUCGAGGACCUGUGCAACGCCGUCGACAACCACAGCCAGGACGAGUUCAGCGAGCUGCUCUUCCAGUUUGACCGCACCAGCAGGCUGGAGCCCUGGAUGACGGCUAUUCUGAUCAAGGUCAAGGAUUCGAUUGAGGCGCCGGAUGAUGAGUUUGCGUAA